AUGGGCUUUUUUCGCCGUAAGAACUCGCGCUCCUCGACGUCGCCGUAUGCCUGCGAAGCCGCCAUUGAGAGCACUUCAUCUUUCGGGUCCAUCUCUCACACUCCCGCCAUGAGCCGCGCACACCUCCCCCUCAUCGAGGAGCCAUCCAGUGCCGUCUCCUCCCUCUCGAGCGGGAGCUACGCCGCCCACUCGCCAACUCUCGGCAUGCCACAGCCAGCUGGACGUCAUCGUCCACGCCUCCACCCCUCGGCGUCCACGCACAACUUGUACACAACGGCCGCGCCGCCCCUCCCCUCUCUCCCGGCCCACUACCAUUCCCAGUCCCUCUCGUUUGGACACGGAUACUAUACACCCACGUCGUCGCCCAUGUCGCCGCCAACCCCACACUACCUCCCCGCCCGGAGCACACCCAACCUCCUCCAGCCGCGUCCUAGCAACUCGGCUGCCAACACAAAUCGCCUCGGAGGUAACAAGGAAGCGAGUGCCAGCCGCGUGUCGCUCGCAUCGGCUGGACGGUCGCUCGCUCGCGUCCCAACUCUUUGGAAACGCAAGUUCCGGCGCUCCCAGAACAGCACCAACAGCGACGCAUCCGACUCGUCGCGCGAGCCCAAGCGCCGAUAG